AUGGUCCUGAUGAAGAAACUUAAUUGUUUCUGGACAGUAGGUCUAUGUUUGGUAGCCAGCAAACUUUCCAAGGCAUUGGUCAAAACCCCCAGGGUGCCAUCUAUCUAUGACUCAAAAUUUAUACAGGAGGUUGUCAACAGCCAUAAUGAACUUCGAAGCAAGGUCAACCCCUCGGCAGCCAAUAUGAACUACUUGAUUUGGGAAAAGGACUUUGCAAAACUGGCCAAAGCAUGGAGUAAAAACUGCAAAUAUUCCCAUAAUCCCUGUUUAAGCAGACGAUAUGGAUGUGUUGAGGGUUAUGACUUUCUUGGAGAAAAUAUGUAUUUAGGUAAAAUAGAAGUUACACCAAAGGAAAUUAUUUCUUUUUGGUAUAAUGAAAGUCAAUAUUAUAAUUUUGAGACUAUGACCUGUUCUAGAGCUUGUGGCCAUUAUACACAGGUAGUUUGGGCCAAUUCACUUAAAGUUGGAUGUGCACUUUCAAAUUGUCCAAAUCUGAUGGGAACUUCAACUGCGCUAUUUUUUUGUAAUUAUUCACCACGAGGAAAUGAAAACAAUUCCAGUCCUUACAUAAAAGGAGAAUCCUGCUCCAAGUGUACAACAAAUGACUGCUUCAAUAAUCUCUGCCCUUCAUACCUCUAUACCAUCCAAUCUGAUUAUUCUAUAUCCCUGCAUUCUCCCCCUCAUCCCUGCCAAACUAUUCUCAUUCCCACCACUUCCUCUCACUGUGCAGCCAACAACCCUCUUCAGUUCCCGACCCUUCGCCUCCUGAGCACUGGGAUUGCAGAUAUGAACAGCCAUGCCUGUUUUAUACUGGCACAAGGGUCAAAAUGCAUUGUAGGCAAGCCCUGGACCCAGUGA